ACGUCCCUGCCGCCUUCAGGCGCCGGGUCGGGUGCGACGCCCGGGCCGGGACGAACGCGGGUUCGCCCUUCCCCCGGUGAGGGACCGCCGUUCACCGCCGCCCCGCCGGGCCCGGCGCGGCCUCACCCGAGGGGCCGAGGGAAAAUGGAGGCGGCGGCGGCGGCGAGCGCGGGGGGCGGAGCGGGCGAGCCGCGACCUCCCGGCGGGCGGAGCGGCCGCGCUUCCGCUUCCUGCGGGAUGGAGGCGGCGCGGCGGCCGCUGCCGCUCCUGCGGCUGCUGCUCCCGCUGCUGGCGGCGGCGCUGGGCGCGGCGGGGCGCGGCGACCCCGGGCCCGUCACCUGCGGCUCCGUGGUGAAGCUGCUCAACGUGCGGCACAACGUGCGGCUGCACUCGCACGAUGUGCGCUACGGCUCCGGCAGCGGGCAGCAGUCGGUGACCGGGGUGUCGGCGGCGGAUGACGGGAACAGCUACUGGCGGGUGCGGGGCCGCACGGCCGCCGUGUGCCAGCGGGGCACGCCGGUGCGCUGCGGGCAGGCCAUCCGCCUCACGCACCUGGGCACCGGCCGCAACCUGCACAGCCACCGCUUCGCCUCGCCGCUCUCCGGCAACCAGGAGGUGAGUGCAUUCGGGGAGGCCGGCGAGGGCGACUACCUGGACGACUGGACAGUGGUGUGCAGCGGGACCUACUGGGUGCGGGACGACGAGGUGCGCUUCCAGCACACCUCCACCGACGUCUUCCUCUCGGUGACCGGCGAGCAGUACGGGCGGCCCAUCCACGGGCAGAAGGAGGUGCACGGCAUGGCCGCCUCCAGCCAGAAUAACUACUGGAAGGUGAUGGAGGGCAUCUUCAUGCAGCCCAGCGAGGCCUUCCAGAUGGAGCAGUACCACGCGGAGUUGUGAGGGACAGACAGACUGAUGCUGAGCUUCUGGGCGCUGCCCUGCUGUGUUCAGGACUGCUGAGACCAGGGGAUGGCUCCUGUCCCCACCCUGGGACUGACACACACCCAGGACUGACACACACUGCUGACACAGGGCCCCAGCACAAAGCAGAUCCCGAUGUCCUGAAUUCAAACUGGAGCAGAUUCCAUUGCCCCAAAUCUGACACUAAACAAGCCCCAGCGUCCAGACCUGACCCAAAGCAGCUCCCAACAUCCUAAAAACCCAAAGCAGCUCCCAACAUCCUAAAAGCACUACAGAGCAGAUCCCAACGUACCCACAACAGAGCCAAACAUCCUAGAUCGGCACAAAACAGGUCCGAACAUCCCAAAUUAGCACAAAGCCAAGCCCAGCAUCCAGACCUGAUCCAGAACAAAUUCCCAAGCUCCCACCCUGUCCCUUUGCAGCCCGUUCUGUCCAAGGACCCUGCCCUUAAAGGACUGCUGUCCCUGGGAGCUGUACCCCUGGCUGUACCCCAAACUGCCCCUCGUGCCCUGCAAGGACGUGGGGCCAUAAAAGUGCUGAACUCUG